AUGUCAUGUAUUGGGCAUGUCAUCAAUAAUAUCGGACAGCGACUUAUUGAAAUAAAUAUAACCCCACCAGCAUCUGAAUCUGGGAAUAAAGUAGACGACCUACCUUUAAAUGAAGAAGAUAUAAUUGAUGAUUCAGAAAUUUUAGAGUCUGACAAAUCUACUCAGCAAACAAUGUUACGUGAUCUGUUGACAAAAGUAAAAGAAAUGGUAACUUUUUUUAGACACAGUGAGAGAGCUACAACUGAGUUGUUGUCAUUACAAAACAAUUUACCAGAAGCAAAGCGUCUUAAACUAAUCCAAGAAGUGAAAACAAGAUGGAAUUGUUGUUUCGAAAUGAUUAAUCAUUUCAUUGUACUUGCCGAUCAUGUUGGCAAGGUACUCCUUCAGAAAACUGAAAAUUUCAAGCCAGAUACUUUGAUUGGGCGACAAUUGCAAAAAAAACUUACUCAAGAAAUUGAAACUAAAUAUGGGAACAUUGAAUCAGUAAAAUUAUAUGCUUGCGCAACUCUUGACCCCAGAAUUGAGAGAAAUUUAGCAUUACAGGCAACGGGAUCUUCUGCAAUACUUGACGAUGAUGACGUUACUACAAUGAUUGAAGCCCAAGUUUCUUCAAACGAUGGAAAUGAUGAUGAUAUAUGGUCAUAUCUGGAUGAAGCUGUCAACUAUAGUCAUUCUCAAGCAGAUACUGAUGAAGCAGGUAAAUUGCCGAUACAGUUACGUCAGUAUUUUUCUCGCCCAGCUCUUCAACGAAGACAAAACCCUAAUCCACUUGUCGUUUGGGAAUCAAUCAAAUAUGAAUAUCCUCAUUUAUGGAGUGUAGCGAGGAAGUUUCUAUUAAUUGUAGCAACUUCUGUACCCUGCGAAAGAUUGUUUUCUCAUGCUGGCCUGAUUUCAAAUCAAUUAAGAAGUCGUUUAUCGCCUCAGCACUUAAAUCAACUUGUAUUUCUGCGGUCAGUUGGUGAAGAUAUGUGGGAUUCUUAA